CAAAAAGCGCAUUUAUUCAUAAUUUAUAACUCAGACUGCAUCAUGCCUUUCUGACAACAAAAAAAUUUACGAUGUUUAUCUUGCCAACAUUUAGAGAACUUUUCAUUACAAGAAGCAUUUCAAACUCUUGAGGAACAGACAGCAAAAGGGUUAUAUUUGCUGAAUAAAAUGGAACUUCAAACAUUCCUUCUGCUCGUAUUAUUGCUGAUUGUUCAGUACUCUUAUUGCGCUAACAACAAAUUGAAAAGUUGUCAGGCUAAGUUAAAAAGGCUACAAAAUGAUUACAAUGUACUGAAAGUCGCCGGACAAUGUACAUGCAAUUGUGAAGGCAUCCAAGGUCUUCCAGGGCCAACUGGACCCCAAGGACCACAAGGGCCUCCAGGACCAACAGGGCCUCAGUUGCCUACGACGUGUCCUCAUGAUUUUAUCAAUAGUACCGAGUUUGGAAGUUGCUAUAAGUUAUUCACGGUGGAACCUCUCAGUUGGAUUGAUGCGCUCAGUCACUGCCAGUCAAUGGGAGCAAAUCUCGCCACGAUCGAAUCAGAUGAGGAGCAAAACUUCCUAAAGGAACAAAUACAGCAGAAAAAUAAUCUAAAAUAUUUCUGGAUUGGACUAAACAACCUCCAUGGUUACUGGAGUUGGUCUACUAUGCCUGGUCAGGAAAAUGAACCAUUGGGGAAGGACAACUACCACAGUUGGAAUGUUGAUGAAGGACAGCCUGAAAACAACAAUCAGCACUGUGCCGAGAUGGAUGCAGCCAAAAGUGGAAGGAAUUAUAGAUGGCAUGAUGAUCACUGUAUGUACAAACAUACUUACAUCUGUGAAAUGAAACUUAAGUAAAAUGAAGGCUGAUAAGUAGUCAGGUGAAUAAUCUACAAAAGUAGGUUAAAAAUCAUGAAACUUGGUCAGCAACAUGAUUGAAACAAUUUACUGUUAACUGACAAAGGUGAUGGGCUAUCUGACAAAUUGGACAUUUAUAUACAUUGUGUUACAUAUAAAAUGGUGCAAUAUAACCUGGCAAAUUGCCUUCUUUCAUGACAAGCUUAUCAUUUAUAUGUCGAUAAAAUAUCAGUUUGCAAUAUAUCUUGAUGAUAUGCUGUAGCAAUCCUGUGUUUUUAUAGUUUUCUCCAAUUGGCAAACAAAUAGAUUUAUAGAGUCUAGAUUGGAACACAAAUGAUUCCUAAGCUCGUAUCAUGUUUCAUUCAUAUGAUAACCAUAACAAAGGGUCCAUUUCUUUAUUUUGAAAAAAAAACAACUUUAUAUUUAUUAUAUCCACAGUAAAAUACCUCACUCAAGUGACAAUCUGGUGUUUUAAUGACAAACAUGUAAAAUGGCAAUAACAAUAUGUCAUAUGUCCCCACUUCAGACUUCUUGGUGGUGACAUAAAAAUGUUAUUUUUCUAAUACGAUAAGUGACAUCACAAUAUAAAUAUAAUAACAAACGAAGUCUUCAAUAUACAUGUACCUACAAUACAUAUCAUAUUCUCUGUAACUUUGAAAUGAAACUAUCUUUUAAAAUAC